AUGGCAAGCUGGGUCGCGCUGAACGUGGAACCGGACGAUGGUAUUGAGGAGGAGGUUGACGACACCAAGGAACUCCAAAUUGAAGAAGCUCUGAAGCUGUAUCAUACUGCUCUGAAGCUCCACUCGCAAGGCCCGGAGUAUUAUCCUCAAGCAGCAGAGGCAUAUGACUCUUUGCUCAAUUCUGAGAUCUUCAAAUAUCCCGAAUCUCUCUCCGACUUCAAGCGGCCCGAUCUAGCGGAUGCGCAAACAGCUGCUGCUGUUCCUGACGACGCCGCCGCUGCAGCAGCAGAUGCGGUCGCGGAGUUUAAUGUCAACGAUUCUACAUCCAGCCUUUUCCAAACCCUCUACCUCUCCUAUAAGAAUCACGGCAAAUACCUCCUCGAUUCGCUUCACGAGACUCUACGGAAUACACCUCAGGAAACCGAGGAAUCACAAGAUGUUGCGCGAAGGACGGCAAAGGCAGCGAAGGAUGCGGUACAGUCAUUUGCAGAGGCGCUCGAGCGUGAUGAUACCGACCUGAAUCUGUGGAGGCAGAGCGCCAGACUCGGUAGUGCUCUCCAAAGCUAUCGCCUGAACCGGUUUUGUCUCGAGAGUGUCCUAGCAGAUGAUGACAAUCGCUUGGAAGUGCGAUCGACGCAACUUGGCUUGGAAGAAACAUUCUCAGAAGAACGCCUGCGGAGCACUCUCCAGUCCCUCUUUGAUGGGCUCUCCGCAUCCCAGAUUCCAGUCAAGAAGCCGAAAAAGGCACUCGAGAAAUAUCUUAAACAGCACGCCGAUUUGUAUUCGUACCUACCUACUCUGCCGACCGACAUACAGUUUCUGGACUCGGCCAAAGGCCCUCUCGCCCUCUCGACGUCGCGCCGGGAAAUAAGACCCUCCGAAGCAACGUGGGAAGCUGUCGGCCAAGCUCUUCUCGAAGCUCUAGAUGACGAGGAAGAUUCGUCUAUUGCUGAUAGCCCCAGUAAAGCCAUAUGCGUCUCACUGCCUCCCAAAAGCUCCGAGGCUCUUGAUUCUCUUGAAAUUGAGGAGAUGGACACAGUUCCCGAAGACGACGCGGCAGACAAGGCAGGAAAGCCCGAGAAUGAAGAUGUGGAUAUGCUCAAAGAAGGCGAAGAACACGCUGAGACUGAAAAGCCUACAGAGGAGAAUGGACAGGAUCAGACGACCGAGGAACAGUCUUCAAUUGAUCAAAGCGCAGAGAAACAGCUGAUGGAAUCCCUGGAGCGACAAUCCGUUCACCCACCCGAAACACAAGCCCCUGAAGAGGAUGCCAACCCUGAAGAAGCCGAGCUAAAGUCUCCAUCUGAUACCCGAAAGAGAUCAUCCGCAUCGGCUGCCAACGAUGAACAGCCAGAGGGAGGCAGAAUGAAGAGCCGACGAACCCGAGCUCGAGAGUCGAAUGCUGAUGCAUUGGCUCAACCUGAUGAAGUUGCUUUUGAUCAAGAGAAAUACUACGAAGACCGUUUGGAGAUCUAUGUCAAUGCAGAUGACUGGAUGUUCAACACUCUCAGUUCCUUGUACUCAAACGUUGGCAACGAAGCCCUAGGAACUAUUGAGAGUCUUAGAGAAACGGUCGCAGCGUUGAAUGAUUCUGAUGAAGCUGCCCAUGAGCCGGAGACACGACUGAUUCAGGAUCUACGUGGAAUCUCUAAGACUUGGAACGAUGAAAAGUCUCGCUUGAUGCAGCAAAAAGACGAUCUGUCUUCAUUGAAGGACAUCCGUGGUUCCAACAAGUCGGGAUUGUCCGUAUUCCUCGAACACUCUAGAAGUGGUACUCGGAAGCCCGUUGUUCAGCAAGAGUUGGGCUCAGGAGAGGAGCUUUAUCAGUUCUCAGAAACGGUAAACGGCAGCUGGCUACAUCCACAUCAAACCUCAUACGAGUGGCUUAAAUGUCUCCUCAUGCCAGAGUUUGGAAACGAACCUUCAAAAUGGCCGGUCAUGAAGUCAACAUACACGGCACUCUUGUGGUCCAAGGAUCUCAAAGAGACCGCUUUGGAACUUUUGCUGCGCGAGGAUGAAUUCAUCUUUUCAAGGAUGAGCGAACUUGUCGCAGACACUCAAAGGCGUGUUCUUGAGUCAAGCUCCGAGUCCUCUUUCGAGUAUCGAAAAAGCGACCUUUCUGAACUCGAAAUGAUUCAGUCCAUCUACGAACUUCAUUUGGAUGUAUUUGCCUCCAUCGAGAACGCUGCCAGCGAGGAUAGUCAAGAAAAGCGACACGCCCAGAAUGACCGCCUUGCCAGAUGGGGUAUCCUCGCCCGAUCAGCGCUGGACCUCCUUCUCGACUACUGUCCGUCAGAAGACUGCCGCCAAAAUCUCGCCCUUCGCCAUCUGUGGGCCUCGACGUUUCACGUGAACCUUGCCGGCGAGGCUGAUCGUGAGCAUAUCUUGCUUUGUCUCCAAGACUUGAAGGACAUACUUCAGGCCAUCGGUGACCCAUGUCUCACUCUUUUGAAUAACCCUACCAUGUCUGAGCUGUCUGUUGCGACAGUUGAUCAAGAGGUUCUCAAGCUCAAGUGUAUGGAUUUCUUCGCUAAAGUUUUCAACCCCGAAGAUGAAGAUCCUGUAUCCCUCAUCGAAGCUAUCGAGCCUAUCCUUGAACCUUCAUCUAUUGAGUAUGCAGAUGGGUCGCCGGAGCAGAAUGGCUUGAAUGGCCCAUCCUCUAUAUCCAGUGAAAUGGGCGCAUUCCUAGAUCGUGGUGAUGCCACAUUACGACUGUUCCUAUGGCGAAGGCUCCAAGAAGCGUAUCAGGCUAUUGAUUAUCCACCGAAGAUUGUAUCAUGCUAUCUGCGGAGCAUUGAAAUCAUCAUGAAGGAGCUAGAGGACGCCAAGCACCUUGAAGAGACGAGUGGACACCGACAAGUGACCUUACUUGGCUGGCUAAAGUCACUGGAUUCACUCAUGGGAAAGGCAAUUCCACUCAUUCUCCAACUGGUCGACAAAGCAUAUGAGUGUGUUGAUAUGGAGCACCUUCAAUCUUCCAUGUCAGCAGUAGCCCGUCUCACCCGACUCGUUCAUACUUUUGUGUUAUACGAGGAUUCGAUCCGUGUGGGCCAAACGUCGGGCCGUGAACUUCGUGGAUCAUUGGCAAAGUCCUUCGAAAAUUUCAAAGAAAGGAUGCGAGAGCUCUAUGUCCGCUGUUGGAUCCUACAGUAUACCUUGUUCGUGGAGGCAAUCUCCCAGAACAAGGAUGUCUUUGAGGAACCACUGGAAGAUCGGAUCAGGGUUCUUCGGUCGGUGCAUAACGCACUUGGUGUUCGCUCUAUGUGCAGAUACUCUCAGAAGCGAUUCCUGAAGCUCAUGAAGUCCGAGCUGCUGGAUCUGGAGACCAAGGGCGAUUAUGAACUCGAUAUCUGCCAGGUGCUCUUGGAUCUUCAUGGCAUCAAAUUUUCGCCAUUUGAUGGGACUUCUGACCACGGAUGCUCCCCUGAAAAACUAGACCGCCCUACUGCUAUCAUGAUGAUCGACUUCGUGAUGAGACAGGCACGAAACAUGAACAUGAAGGAUUUAUCCAAGUCUGACUUGAAGACGACUAUCGAAAAGAUGCAACAAACUAUCGUUCCAGCCAAGAUUUCAUCCUCGCCCCAAAUGUCUUUCAAUCGACGGAUCUUCCAUGGCUACAUCAAGGCGGCAGUCAACCCAUGCAUUCUUCUCCGGGCUGUCCAGGGAGUAUUGGAACUUUCAAUGCUAACUGUCCCGGGCGAGAAUGCUCAAAUCGCCGCCAAGGGAUGGUAUUUCCUCCUCGGUCAUGCCGCGUUGACAAAGUUCCGGUCUCAGAAACGCCUCAGUCCUGGCUCGACGACGGAGCUCGAUGAUGCCAUCAAUUUCUUCAGACUGGAUAUCGAUCAUGGAUCCGGGCGCUGGGAGACCUGGUAUCGCCUGGCCCAGGCGUAUGAUACCAAGCUUGAGGAAGAAAUAACGUGGACAGCCGACAAGAUCAACAACAACCGCAGUGACCUGGCAGCCACUCAGCGGUAUGCAAUCCAUUGUUAUGCAAUGGCCGUCUCAGUAGCAAUGAGAAGUGCAGAGCCGACAAAUGAAACCCGGGCGCUUCUGUCAGACCUUUACACUGAUUUCGGAAUCCGGAUGUACUCUUCGUCUCGUGGACCACUCUCAAUGGGGGCCUUUGGUCUUUCGGAUUUCUCUCGCCACUUCAGUAGCGAGGAGAGUCAGCAGAUGUACAAAGGGCAGCCUUUCAAGGAGAUGUCCUCAUACUCCGUGUGGAACUUUGCCUGCAACCUCCUUAAGAGAGCGCUCGUGGAUAAACCGAAACGGUGGACAACACAUUAUUUCAUUGGCAAGUGUCUCUGGAAGAUGUUCAGUUGUGAUGAUUCUUUGAGAACGACUUCGAAGCGCGUUGAAACGCACGAUGUCUUGGAUGCUUUUCAUGAUGCCAUCUUGAGUCUUCCCAAGAAAAAGGACUCGCGCGCAGACCCUGUCUUUGAGCCACAUUUCAAGCUCGUAUCUAUUGUUCACAAGCUGGUUCUCCGCGGAGACAUGACUCCGACCGAGGCUAGCCAAGCCCUUCAAGUAACGCCUUGGGCUCGCAAAGUGGAAGAGCCUGAGAAUAUGGAUGGAUGGAAGCCAUAUAUCCUCGAGGUAGUCAGGAAGUUCAAGAGCGCCGACAAGUCUAACUGGCACCAUCGAAUGAGCGCCAAGGCUGCCCACAUCAUCUAUGAUGACGACAAAAACGCAACCGCCGCGACCGCUGCCAAGCAAGAACUUUCACAGAUCUUCACAAAAACGCUCACCAUUCAGGUCUGGCGACCUGAAUUCGAACGUCCAGGGAGGCACUUCGUGUAUACCACUCGUUACGUGUACUUCUUUGUGAGCCUAUUGGAUCAGCUGGAUGAUCGGGCGAGCUUAGAUCAGCUGCUGCGUCGCGUGAGGAAGAAACAAGGAGAUUUCAUUGACCACACCAAGUUGUGGGAAGACGUGUGCUUGACCUACGCGAAGAUGAUCCGCAGAGCUGCGCAUAUCAACGAGGGCCACGAAGAGAGCGUAUUCAAGCCCAUCGGAUGGGAAGAGUUCUCCACGAAAACAGCUCGUCUAGAGACUUUGUCACAAUUGUCUCACGACAGUCUUCCCCUCCUCGAGCUGAUUCGUGACUCGUUAGAGUUGAAGAAGCUCAACAACAACUUGAUGAAGGUGACCAUGUUUGAAGACCUCGUUGCGGAUCUGUACGCCCGAGUCUACGAGUUGAAUAUGCCGUUGCUCAUUGAGCAGGUAAAUGAAGAAAACAAGGAAAAGAUGAAGGUUGACCAUCUUCUGAUGACUGGGGAUGGAAAUACAGAGGCAUCUACACCUGCAGCCUCUCUUCCAGCUUCUGACACUCCUGCCCCUCGAGGUAGAACGAAGGGAAUUGCUCGUCGUGAUGUUCAAAAGCGCGCCGACACUAUUGUGAACCUCAAACUUGGCCCGCGAACGGCAGCGAGCAAGUUCACCACCGCGGCUGAUGCAGACCAGCCUUCCUCUGCUUUACAGGGCCUCAACGCAUCCUCGGGACCUACUUCAGCUCCUUAUGGAGCAGGGGAACAGACAUCUGGUGCGGGUGACAAUGCUGGUGUACAAAGGAGCGAUCAAAAUAGCUUCAACGACACUGCAGACGAGAGCGAUCUGACUGACGUCGAUGAGAGCAAGCUGAACAAGCUGAACAAGCUGAACAAGCUGAACAAGCUGAACCCAGAACACAAAUCUCUCUUUUCCAAAAUCCAUCAUGCCGACGCAGGUGACAUCGAAACCGAAACUGAGAAUGAUGGCGCCGACGAGGGGGAGGGGGAAGAUGAAGAAGGCGAUGAGAACGAUGAGGGCGAGGAUGAAGAUGACCCUGCCGCCACAGAACCUGAAGCUGGUGGCGAUGAUGAACAAGGUGAUGAGGGGGACGAUGAAGAAAUCCAAGACGAAGACGAAGUUGGUCCAGAUGGCGACGAGACCAAGCUCGAUGAUGAUGUCGAAGCUACCGACAAAGAGGCCGAUGAAGACCAGCCUGAUCACAAAGACCCUGAUGAUUCAAUCCAGGACGAAAUUGCCGAAACCCCGGAGCCCAUGGACCUCACACCGUGA